AUGAGUAUCGGGAUCAACAAAGACACAUUGGCGGGGUUCCGGGCGGUCAAGUCUUUCAAGGUGGCGCAGAAGGAACAGGGCCCGAUCACGUCGCUGUCGUUCGACGACCAUGGACAGUACCUUCUGAGCGCAACGGCGUGCGACAACAUGCACCUGUACGACGCGGCCGGGUGCCGGUUCCUGAACACGGUGGCGUCGAAGAAGUACGGGUGUCACGCGGCGAAGUUCACGCACGCGCAGAGCGAGUGCGUGUACUCCUCGACGAUGAUCUCGUUCGACAUCCGGCACCUGAACCUCGAGACGAACCAGUACCUGCGGUACUUCCAGGGCCACGAGGCGCUGGUGAGCGACCUGGCGAUGUCGCCGCUGGACGACACGUUUCUCAGCGCGUCGUACGACGAGUCUGUGCGGCUGUGGGACCUGCGGACGUCGAAGGCGCAGGCGAUCGUGCCGAGCGUGGUGCCGAACAGCGUGGCGUACGACCCCAGCGGGCUUGUGUUUGCACUGGGGAACCCGGAGAGCCAGGAGAUCGGGCUGUACAACGUGCGGCAGCUGAAGGCGGGGCCGUUCAUGGUGGUGAAGGUGGACCCGCGGUUCAGCCAGUGGACGAAGAUGGAGUUCUCGAACGAUGGGCGGUACCUGCUGCUGGCUUCGUCGGCGGGACGGCAGCUGAUACUGGACGCGUUCGACGGCGCGCAGCUGUUCGAGCUGACGGGGACGAAACCGUUCCCGCUGCGCGAGUUCAUGGACGCUGGAUCGGCCUGCUUCACGCCGGAUGGCCGCUACACGCUCGGGACGGACUACGACGGGCGCAUUGCCUUCUGGAACCACUCGGAGUCCGUAAGCCAGCGGACGCUGAAGCCGCAGGGUUUUGUUGCCGCGGCGCCGGGCACCUGUCCGCGCACGAUUGCCUUCAACCCCAAAUAUAGCAUGUUCGUUACCGCCGACGAGAGCGUGGAGUUUUAUGUUUAUGAUGAACACUAG